AUGUUAGUGAUGAAGCUUCAUACAAAACAUUUUUUGAAGAUGUAGAAAAAAUUGUGAGCCCCAUAGGUCUCAGUCUCCUCAUCAACAAUGCUGGGGUUGCCCCAAAAUCGACUCGUAUCAAUAUGGUUAAAUGGAACCAGAUGAUGGAUACGUUUAGUGUUAAUACAGUUGCUCCACUUAUAUUGACAAAGACUCUCAGGGCACUGUUGACUAUGGCAGCAUUACAGACACAAGGAAAUGCCCUGUCUGUAAGGAGAGCUGCUGUUAUCAAUAUGUCCUCUAUUCUAGGCUCCAUUGCAGAGAAUGAUCAAGGUGCUUUAUAUCCCUACAGGGCAAGCAAGGCUGCCUUAAAUGCUAUCACCAAAUCUUUGAGUAUUGAUCUACGAGGUUCCAACAUUUUGGUAACAAGCAUACAUCCUGGUUGGGUAAAGACUGACAUGGGAGGCAAGAAUGCACCACUGACUGUAGAAGAAAGUAUAUCAGCAAUAAUCAGUACACUCCACAGCUUGAAUGAAGAACAUAAUGGAGAGUUUGUGCAGUAUGAUGGCAAAAAAUUACCAUGGUAA